UUUUUUUUUAAGAGGACAAGAAGGACUAAAAAUAUCAACUUUUCCUUUUUGGACAAAAAUGCAUCUGACUGUAUUUUUACUUAGGGGUAUUGUGGGUUUCCUCUGGAGCUGCUGGGUUCUAGUGGGUUAUGCAAAAGGAGGUUUGGGAGACAAUCAUGUUCACUCCAGUUUUAUUUAUAGAAGACUGCGGAACCAUGAAAGACGGGAAAUACAGAGGGAAAUUCUCUCUAUUUUGGGUUUGCCUCACAGACCCAGACCAUUUUCACCUGGAAAACAAGCGUCGUCUGCGCCUCUCUUUAUGCUGGACCUAUACAAUGCCAUGGCCAAUGAAGAAAAUCCCGAAGAGCCGGAGUAUUCCGCAAGGGCAUCCUUGGCAGGAGACACCAGAGGGGCAAGAAAAGGAUAUCCAGCCUCCCCCAAUGGGUAUCCUCGUCGCAUACAGUUAUCGCGAACGACUCCCCUGACCACCCAGAGUCCUCCUCUAGCCAGCCUACAUGAUACCAACUUUCUGAAUGAUGCUGACAUGGUCAUGAGCUUUGUCAACUUGGUUGAAAGAGACAAGGAUUUCUCUCAUCAACGAAGGCAUUACAAAGAAUUUCGAUUUGAUCUUACUCAAAUUCCUCAUGGAGAAGCAGUGACAGCAGCUGAGUUUCGGAUAUACAAGGAUCAGAGCAACAAUCGAUUUGAAAAUGAAACAAUUAAGAUUAGCAUAUAUCAGAUCAUCAAGGAAUACACAAAUAGGGAUGCAGAUCUGUUCCUGUUAGACACAAGAAAGGCCCAGGCUUUAGAUGUGGGUUGGCUUGUCUUUGAUAUCACUGUGACCAGCAAUCAUUGGGUGAUUAAUCCACAGAACAAUUUGGGUUUACAGCUCUGUGCAGAAACUGGGGAUGGACGCAGUAUAAACGUAAAAUCUGCUGGUCUUGUGGGAAGACAUGGGCCUCAGUCAAAACAACCAUUCAUGGUGGCCUUCUUCAAGGCAAGUGAGGUCCUUCUUCGAUCUGUGAGAGCAGCCAACAAGCGGAAAAAUCAAAACCGCAAUAAAUCCAGCUCUCAUCAAGACUCCUCCAGAAUGUCCAGCAUUGGAGAUUAUAAUACAAGUGAACAAAAACAAGCCUGUAAGAAGCAUGAGCUCUAUGUGAGUUUCCGGGACCUGGGAUGGCAGGACUGGAUUAUAGCACCAGAAGGAUAUGCUGCAUUUUACUGUGAUGGAGAAUGUUCUUUUCCACUCAAUGCUCAUAUGAAUGCCACCAAUCACGCCAUAGUUCAGACUCUGGUUCAUCUGAUGUUCCCUGACCACGUACCAAAGCCUUGCUGUGCUCCAACCAAAUUAAACGCCAUCUCUGUGUUAUACUUUGAUGACAGCUCUAAUGUCAUUUUGAAAAAAUACAGAAAUAUGGUAGUGCGCUCAUGUGGUUGCCACUAAUAUUAUAUAAUAAUGGUGUUAACAAAAAGAUCUGUAUUAAAGUUUAUGACUGCAAUAAAAAGCAUACUUUCAGAAAAAAAGGGAAAUUUCCUAAAAUUAUUCUGGCUCAUUUCAUCUUCCUUCCUAUGUACAAUAUCAUGUAUAUAGUCGCUUUUAUUUAUUUAAAGGUCUAUAUUCUCCUUUGUGGCUGCAUUAUCAAUAAAGUCUAUUUUAUAGGUCACAACACUACACAAUAGAUUGCCCAGUCUCACUUUCAAUGGGAUAU